AUGUCAUAUUACGACAUUGACGCAAUCCUCACGGAUGCUGAGAAGAUUCCAUGUGAAUUCAAUGUCUCCGUGCUCAACCUCGGCCACCUCAAUAACAACCCAGGCGAGGACCUCAAGGCGGGCACGAAGCUGUCCCUCCCUCUCUGGCUCGGGGAAAUGCUCGCCCUCGCUAGUACCUCCGCCAGCGGCAGCACCAACGACGACGACACGAAGUCCUUCGUAAACCUUUCCCUUCCUGACGCCCUCUCCAGCGAGUGUAUACAAGCCCUCAAAGCCGAUCCCCGCGCCGUGCAGCUUCGCCAGCGGAGUAUCAACUUCUACGGGCUGGCUACGCGCCUGAUGGAUCUUUUCGAGGAGAGAGAGCUCGACAGCGUGCUGAGGAAGACGUUCGUCACUCGCGCUGCAGAGAUUGCCCUUCAUGCGAGGAAGAUGGGCGACCCUGCUGGGAAGGAGGGUGCCAGUAAUAUCGGCAUAGCAGCGGCACAAGACGAGUUCACCCGGGGUCUAGAUCAGUGGGAGAGGGACCUGUUCACCAAGGCACAUACCGGAUUGAAAGGUGGCAAGGAAUGGAUGCACAAUGUCAAGAAGCACUGA